AUCACGGAAAAUGACAGAUUCUAUCAGAGAAGCAUUGAAGACUAUUAUACAUCUGAGGUGGAAAUUAGGAGAAGUGUAUGAGGAGAACGUGGACGGUUUGUGUGAUGAGCUGGACUCUCUCCACCUCAUUACUCCCCAGGAGUAUACAGAUCUGUAUGAGGCUGUGACCCCAGCAGAGAGAAUUGAGAAGCUGAUAAACCUCAUACUACAGAAUGGAGAACCGGCCUGUGAGAUGUUCCUCCACCAUCUAGAGAACAUGGUUCUCAGGUUCCCGGCAUUGGCUGAUGUGUCCCAACACUUACCAGAAAACAAAACAAAGACUUUUAAAGAAUUUCUGGAGAAUGUAAAUAUACACCACCCAACUGUGUCUAAGCUGACCCUAAGGGAUGUUCUAGAGAUUGGGUCUGAGAACCUGCAGGAGGCUCAGCCUCAGAACAUAACAGAUAUUCCCUGGAACUUUCUAAGGAAGCUCAUGGCCCUGAAUAGAACUGCAAUAAACACUUGGUUAGACAAACUCCCACCUAAGCUGGAACCAAAUGACAAUGAAAUGUUUGAUCUAUUGGUGUGCGAAACAGAGGACGUUUCAUCUUCGUGUAUCCACCCCCUGGAUGUGGUGUGCGCUGUCCUGCAUUGCUCAGAGAGUUUUCUACAGCAAGAGAUUGUAUCAAAAAUGUCCAUGUGCCAGUUUGCCGUCCCUCUGCUGCUCCCUGCUGGUGGUGGCCCAGAAUGCACCUUCAUGCUGUGGGCAAUGAGGGACAUUGUGAAGAGAUGGAGACCUCAGUCAUUGGCUGACAGUAAAGGGUUCAGAGAAGAGAAUGUUGUGAAUAUUCCCAUGCCGAUCUUCUCCUUUGUGAAACUGGGGAAAAACAAACUAUCCAAAUCUAAAAUCCUGAAUCAAGUCCUUAAUCCACCACAACAACAUCACAACUUCUUCAUAUAUGAAGAUAUGGAGGGAGGAAACAGUGAGAGGAAAAUAUCUGAUGGACUUGUGGAAAUUUCCUGGUAUUUUCCUAAUGGUAAGUCUGAUGUCUUCCCAGAGCCAAUCGCAGUGACCAACCUACGUGGUGACCUGGCGUCCAGCUGGGAACAGUUCACGUUUCUGACACGAGUCUCAUCGGCUGUUUUUGUGUUUAUUGAGAAUAUCAGUGAUAGAGAAUACAGACUGUUAUCCAGCUGCAGUAACACAGACACUGAGUAUUAUCUCAUCCUUACUCCAAGUCCCGGGAAAACAGUAACUACAGAGACUGUGAAUCACAUCAACAGUCUAAUGUCACCGCUAAACAUUACUAAAACAAAUAUCAUAGUAAAGAGCAGAACAGCUAAUUAUGCAGCAUUUGUAAAACAAAUACAAAACACCAUUGAGAGCCUUCUGAUUAACUGUCCCAAAAAAAGUUUGGUUAGUAUUAAAGAUGAGAUCCAAGGAGAUUAUAUCUGUGUAGAUGAGAACGCGGCUGCAUGUCAGAAUGCACAAGUCUCUGCCAGGCACAUUACCUCUGUAAUAAGUGAUGUAGAGAAGUACAAGAAAGAAACUCUGAAAUUACAGGGAGAUCUGUGGAAACAAUUGUCAAAAAUAGAAAAAGAACUUUGCAGAAUGACGAAACAAGGUGGGAAAAAUGCACAGGAAUAUAAAAGUGAUCUUAUACAGGAACUACAUUCCCUACAUAAGGAACAGAACCAACAUAAUAUUUCUGAUGGCAUCUUUUUAUUUAUUAAUGCAAUUACACAUUUGUCUCAAGCAGAAAAACAUUAUUUUUUGAAAUGGAUGAAAUUUGAGCUGGAUUCAGUUGCUAGAAAUAAUAUUUCUACCCUGCAGUCUGACUAUAAAGAGAAAUGUAACAAUAAAUCAAAUAAUGUAGAACAACUAAAACAGCUGGAUCAGAAAAUCUCUGACAGCUCAUUAGGGGUUGAACAUUUCAUACGUGAGCUGGGGCAGGUUUAUGAGGCUGAAUGUGCAAUGGUUAAAGAGAAAUGUAUUUCCAAAACCCAAAAACAAUUUACAAAACUCCCAGGAAUUGCUGCUGAUCUUCUUUUGGAUGGAUUCCCGUUGGAGCUGAUUGAUGGAGAUGCCUCCAACAUCCCCCUGCAGUGGAUAACUGAUGUCCUGACAGAGCUGGACACCAAGACGGGAGGACACUGUAGAAUGAGAGUAAUAACUGUGCUGGGAGUACAGAGCACGGGGAAAUCCACCCUUCUGAACACCAUGUUUGGGUUACAGUUCCCGGUAGCCAGUGGGCGAUGCACACGAGGAGCCUUCAUGACCCUAAUUAAUGUGAAAGAGACCUUCCAAGAGGAGCUGGGCUGUGACUUCAUUCUGGUGAUUGACACAGAAGGGCUGAAAGCUCCUGAGUUGGCCUCUCUGGAGGGCAGUUAUGAACAUGACAAUGAGCUGGCCACACUAGUGGUUGGGCUAAGUGACAUCACCAUAGUCAAUAUGGCCAUGGAAAAUACUGUAGAGAUGAAAGAUAUUCUACAGAUCGUGGUCCAUGCAUUUCUUAGGAUGAAAGAAAUUGGGAAGAAAACCAACUGCCAGUUUGUACAUCAGAACGUGAGCGAUGUGUCCGCUCAUCAGAAGAACAUGAGGGACAGGAAGAAACUUCUGGAACAAUUAAAUGAAAUGACAAACGUUGCAGCAAAAAUGGAGAAGAAAAUUGGAAUUACAUCUUUCAGUGAUGUGAUGGACUAUGACCUAGAGAGACACAACUGGUACAUUCCUGGACUGUGGCUGGGUGUCCCACCGAUGGCUCCGGUAAAUUUUGGUUACAGUGAGAAUGUUCAUGAACUAAAAAAGUAUUUGUUUGAAUUCUUCAAAUCCCAUCGGUCUGAUCACAAGCAAUGCCGGAUCCCUGAGUUUAUUACAUGGAUAAAAAGUCUUUGGAGUGCAGUUAAACACGAGAAGUUUAUCUUCAGCUUUAGGAACAGUCUGGUAGCAGAAGCCUAUAACAAGCUGGCUGCACAAUACUCUCAGUGGGAAUGGGAAUUCACCAAAUCUGUCCACAGCUGUGUGAUGAGCACAGAGACCAGUAUUAGGAAUCAGUCUGGUGAUAGGUUGGAUACAGAAACCUGCGCUCAGUAUAGGGACGCUCUCCAACAGCUGCUACAUGAUGAAGAAACAAAAAUGUUGGAAUUACUUGAAAAAUAUUUUGACAACAGAUCUGACAAUGUUCAUCUUAUAGAGCGAUACAGAGAAGAUUUCUUCAUGAGUGUAAAGUUCUUAAAAAAAGAUCUAGAAAGGAAUGCACUAGGCAAGGUCAAUGAAGCUGUUUCUAUUCAGAAAGGUAAAUUUAAGAUACAGAAUAUUCAGAAAACAUCUCAGGAGCUGAUUGAAGCAAAAAUCACAGAUCUCCUGAGACGCAGCAGAGAGAGGAACUGUAAGCUGGGGGACAUGGAAGCAAAACGAGAAUUUGAAGCAAUGUGGGAGAAAACGCUGUCUGACUUACAGUUGGAAGAAUUACAGAAACGUAAUGUCGGCCAAUCAAUGUUUCAGCUUCUGAAAAAUGACAUGCGUGCAAAAAGUGGUGACAUAAACGAAGAACUUUCUAAAGUGAUGACUUUAGAUGAUUAUAGACAAAAAUUAUUUCAAAUGGAUGCAAAGUACAUUAAUGUAACUUGGUUAAAACCAACACGUAAUAAAUUUUAUAUUAGUCCAGAAUAUUCUGAUAAGGUCGCUGAUCUUGCUACAUCCUUGUUAGAUCUAUGUGACAAAUAUGUCACAGAGAAAGUAACAUCCUUUGAAGACUAUAAUGACACUUACUGCCAGGAAUUACUACGUAAGAUCAAUGAAGAACUUGGGGAAAAAAAUUCUAAAAAGGUUCAUUUUUCCUCAAGGUUUGAGCUGGACAUUAAGCUUCUCAUCUUUGGAAGAGCAUCUCAGAAAUUCCAGAAGAUGCAUGAUACCUUUAUCCAAGAAAAUGACCCCAAAAUCUCCCUAGGAAAGCUAAAACCUCAAUAUUUUUCUACAUUUGAGAGUAUAUUUCAUGAGAAAGAUGAGUGUCGGAACAGAGCCAAGAAAUUCUGUGAGCUGUGCCUGAGGCCGGCACUAACUGAGUAUAUUCUGAGGCAUCUCGGGAAGGAAAUCAUGGAUGAGAUACUAAACAGUCCUGAUAGUACAAUGUUUAGCAGCAGAAGUAAUUUCCAGAGAGUUCUGCUGGAGGAGCUACUAGAGGAAAACUCAUUCCAAGCUUAUGUCAAAUACAUUAAUUCAUAUGAGAGAUUUUUAAAAGACUGGAUAUUUCAGUACAUUGCCGUAAAAUACAAGAGUCCAUCAGCUCUUAAUCAUCUACAGGUAAAAUGUUUGUGUGUGAUCACUGAAAAAAUCCAAUACAUCCUUAAAAUUAAAGAAUGUUUAAAUAUAUCCAAUAUUUCAGAUUUUUUAGAGCAUUUUUGUGAAUUAUUUAUGGAAGAAUUAGUUAUUUCCCAGAAUGAGAUGCAGGUGGUCACUUUCCACAGUACAGCAGAUGUCGGGCAGUUCUCUGAGGACAUUCUGUCCUAUCUCUCCACCAUAGAGGAAAACAUCCUUUUAGAAGUGGAAUCACUGGACAUUGAGACUGUACUAUCCAGGGUCUCACUGAAGCCUCAGGAUGAGCUGUGUAAGAAGGUGAUCGGAUGCGGACAUCAGUGUCCAUUCUGUAAAGUCCCUUGUGAGAAUGUAGGAGGUGAUCACACGCAGCAUUCCGCAUCUGUCCACAGACCUCAGGGAUUGGGAAAGUACAGGUGGAUUGAAGAUAAAACAUUGAUUACUGACAUAUGUUCUACUGCUGUUGUAUCAAAUGCUCGAUUUCAAAAUUCAGACACAGACUGGAAUUGGCACCCAUACAAAGAGUAUCGUACCUAUUACCCAGACUGGCUCAUCCAACCCGAUGCCACCAUAAAUUCCUCAGAUUACUGGAAAUACAUUUUUGUGCAGUUCAACAAAGCAUUUGCUGUAACAUAUGAUGCAAAGCCGGCUGUAUUACCUAAUGACUGGAAGAGAACAACAAUAGAACAAGCUUUAGAAAGUCUAGAGGCAGCUUUUACUAUCAAGUGA